UAUUUCCACCAUUGCUAUGCAGAAGUUCGCCGUGUAUAGGAUCUUCGGGGAGGAGGAAAACCUUUUGCCAACUUCCAGAGAAGACAGAAGCACUGUAAUGGGCGAAGAUCAAGGGCGGCUUCCUUUCACUUCUUCUGUUCCUCCUCCUCAGCAAUCCUCCGAGCAAGUCGAUCCUCCUCCUCAUCCUCCCGCUUUUGAUCCAAGUCGAAUGAUUGGCAUUAUCAAAAGGAAGGCGUUGAUAAAAGAGUUAGCCGCUGCGUACCACACAGAAUGCCUCGCGUACUGUCAAGAACUUUUGGAACUCCAAAAGAAAAGAGAAGAGCCUUUCUUGGAUGCGAAGACUUCAGAAGAUGUGAGGAAGGAGACAAUGAAGCCUCCCAAACGCCUAAAGAAGACGCGGUGAGCAUGUUAUAGGAGUUCGUAUGUCAAGAACGAACCAUAUUCACUGUGGUUUGCUGUUUUAUCCCUGUGCAAAAGUUCUGACUAGGCUCUUGGAAAGAUGAAAAGAAGACUGAACUGACUUGGACACACGUGCUGUUGUAUCUAUUACUGUGAAGCAUGAAAAUUGUUCAAGUGCAGUCUUGUAUAAUAUAGUCUCUUUAACUUGUUAGAUAAAUUCAUAGUUUCUGCUUCCAGCAAGAAAAAGGGCAGAUGCAAAACAUUGUUGGGAUUUAGAAUAUUCUACAAAAAUAUGUAACUACAAAAAUACGAUUGUUGUUAUAUACACUUUAAAUUUACCUGAGAAAGUAAAUUGGUGAAAUUCAUUGC